UAUACUACGAUAUGUUUUCUGCGGUUUUAUUCUGCUCUUCUCUGACAGAGAAUCGUCGAUAGCACUGGAUAGCACACAUAGCGUAUAGGCAACGAAAAGUAUACCAUUGCUGAGCGAUGCUCCUUAUGUCUAAAAUACCAAAAUUGGGCCAAUUUGGCCAUGUCAUCCGGAGGAACGUUGUCGCAACAGUAGAACAACGUAGUCAUCGCUCUGGAGAUGGUGCCAUCAGACUAUGGAAGUACAUCUCUCUUUUUGUCGGUGCACCAUGUAUUUUGCUUGCAAUGGCGAACUGCUACAUAAACAGUCUUCAUCCACAUAAAAGACCAGAGCCUAUUGAACUUCCUUAUUUAAAGGUUAUGAGGAAGCCUUUCCCAUGGGGCGAUGGUAAACAUUCACUUUUCCAUAAUCCUAAGACAAACUGGAUUAAAGGUGUUGGAUAUGAAGAAUAAGGUCAACGUGUAACUAGUAUCUAGUCUAUAUCCUACAUUAUGUACGUAUCCUUGUUCUGUAUUAUGUUGCAGACUGUGAUAUUAAUAAAAAUUGAUAAAAUACAG